UUACGUAUUUUUCAAGUAUCUGCCUUGCGUGUUUAAGAAGUUGUUUUAUGUGAAAUCGUGUGCUUACGUAUGAUUAUGGUUGAUGAUAUGUGAUUUUGUUUGAGCUAUGUUUGAUGUGAAUGUGCAUGAGUUCUUACUUAAAUUUAAGCUUUAAGUUUAUAAGUUAAUGUUAAAGUUAAGAAGCAAGUUCUUUUUAAGAAGUAACUCACCUUCAAGAAGGUGAAGUCGUUUUAAGUGUUUUUAGUCACUAGCGCCAGUCCGUUGCCUUGUGAGACCGUUUGAGAUAGAGCAGCAGUUAUGCUCUUGAGACUUUUAAGAUGGGCAGCAGUUAUGCCCUUGAGAAUCGUGGUGAAGAGCCACCACGAUAAGUUUAAGAUGUUAGGGGGAUGAAUCGUUACCACUUCCCUAACUAAGUUUAAGUUUAAGGAAAGCCUAGAUGGCUUCUCAUACGUAUGAGUUGGCAGCCGGACUAGCUAGUGAGGGAUCCCGUGUCAGUCAAAAGAUUUAAGUCAAGAUUUGAGCUUUAAGAGAGGAGAGUAACUUCAACUCCCUCAAAGUUUAAGAGUUAAGAUUUUAAGAUUGAAAGUACAAACAACUUCCACUAGUUAAAGUUAAGUGUUUAAGUAAAGUACUCAGGUAUUAUAAGUAUUUAGACGUAAGGGCGUAGACUGACCCCAUCUCACUCACCAGUUUGGAGAGCUAGAGGAAGAGCUAGAGGAGCAUUUAGUGAGCAGCGUAUUCGAGAGCAGGCAGCUAGAGGAGGGCAGUAUAAGCGUCAUAGAGGAUGCUUAGUCAAGGUUUCAGUAGCAACAACAUUAGAGACUAUUAGUUAUUUACAUUUAUGAUUAUGAGUUUAGACUGGAGAUCAGGUUGAGAUUUUAAAGUUUGAGCUUAAUUUGCCCAUGUGUUAGGGCUUUGCUUUGAACUACAAGUGUGUGUUUUCAGUAUUUUAUUUAUGAAAAUUUUUCCCAUUUGAAAUUUAAGAUUUGAGUAUUUUAUUUAUUAAAGGCAUUUUAGUAAAAGUAGUACUCGGCCGGGUAGGGUGUUACAUCGAUCAUGGCGAAGUAAUCUUCUACAGCAACACUUCCAGCCUAUCGAUAGAGAAAGAAUAACUAUCCAUCCCUAUCCCAGUAAGACCUAGACCAGACAGUUGGUGCUGGGAAAAAAGCAAAACAAGGUUCUACACAGUUAAAACAGGGUAUCGCGCUUGGAGGUUGAAACGAUUCGAGGGAAUUCCAGAGCAGUAUGAACCCAUUGAUUGGGCUAGAUUAUGCCAGCUACAGCUGCCACCAAAGAUUAGAGUCUUUGUUUGGAGAUGGGGAUCUAAUAUUUUACCUAUUGGUAGAAACCUAGCCAAACGAAUCCCAGAUGCAAAUGAAGAGUGCCCAUUCUGUGGAUUGGUGGAAACACAAGAACAUAUAACAAGAGAUUGUGACUGGGCGGGAAGAAUAUGGAGACCUAGUUACCUGAGAAAGAUGUUUGAGAUGGGGGAAGAACAAAGCUGUGCGAACUGGAUCUUUGAACUAUUGGAAAAGGCAAUGGACGAGGAGAUUUGCAAAUUCCUAGUAACACUAUGGUUCCUGUGGAAAGAAAGAAACAACCAUCAAUUCAACAAUCAAAAAUUGGAGGAGUGGGAGGUGGUGGAGAGAGCCCAAAGUUACCUGGAUGAAUAUCGCAGAGCUCAGGAAUCAGAUUUGUUGCCAGCAGUGCCGCGUCGAAGAUACAGAUGGGAGAAACCGAUGGCAGGGUUCAAAGCAAAUGUAGAUGCGAGUAUUCUAAAGGAUGGGGGAACGGGUUUUGGCCUGGUGAUUCGUGAUUAGAAAGGACAAUUUGUGAUGGCGGUAGUCCACAGAUCUCGAGUCUGCUGGCGUCCUAAAAUGGCGAAAGCGGAAGCAUUGCUCUGGUGAAUGAAACUUGUAGAUCAACAUCAAUUUCACCCGGUGUUGAUGGAGACAGAUUGUCAAAGUUUGAUCUAUAAGCUACAAGGGAAAGAGAUGAGUAAUCUGGAGAUUGAUACUGUGUGUGAAGCGAUCAAGGAAAAGGCACAGGAGAAAGGGAUUGAAUGGAGAUUCUGGGGAAGGGAAGGAAAUGAAGUUGCCCACCAAAUGGCCCGGAUUCUUUGCAGAUGGGAGGAAACCGAAGUUUGGUUCGACCGACAACCCAUUUGGCUUAUACCCCAAUUAAUUAGUGACUAUAAGGCUUCUUCUUCUCAUGACUAAAUAAUAAGCAUACAGGCACCCUUUAUAUAUAUAAAAAAAUGUUGACACGCCUUAAUUGAUAGCUUCCUUGCUAAUAGAGGCACCCUGAAGUAUCUCACAAGCAAUUUCCUUAUCUGGCAGCCUGACCAAAAAAGUUACGGGGUUAUUUUGCUGAUUUCCUUAGAAAGAGUUGUCUCGUGCCCUUGCUAAUGUAUUAUGGUUUCCUACGGACAUCCCACCAUAAAAAAUUUCACAUUUCGCUAGAUUAGACUUUGAUCCUGAUAAGCCUUGAAAUAUGUCCAGGAUUUGUUUAGUACAACUAAUGUACUAAAAUGUGUGUAUCUACCCAGAAGAGAAAACAUGAAUAAAAAUUUAAAAUGUAA